AUGGAGCAAAUGCUUGCAGCUCUAACUGAAGCAAUGACACAACAACAACCUUUACCUCCUCCACUUCUGCCGGUCCAAGUUGAACCCAAUAAAAAUGACCUAAUCAACCUUACUCAGAAAUUCAUGAAGAUGAAACCACCAACCUUCUUUGGUGGUAUUGAACCCUUAAAGGCAGAAAUAUGGCUACUGGAAAUGAAGAAACUAUUUGAGGUGUUUCCUUGCUCUGAGAUUCAAAAAGUCCUUUUGGCCACCUACACUUUAAAAGAUGAAGCCCGAAGAUGGUGGUUAUUAAUCUACAAUAGCAAUGGAAACAUGACAUGGGCUCAAUUCAAUGAGAUAUUCUACAACAAGUACUUUCUCCAUUGUUUUAGAGAUCGGAAAGUGUCAGAGUUUCAACAACUUAAGCAAGGCAGGAUGUCCGUGGCCAAGUAUGAAGCCAAAUUCACUAAGUUGGCUCGGUUUGCCCCACACAUGGUGGAUACUAAUUACAAAAAGGCGAGAAAAUUUGAAGGCGGCUUGGAUUUAGAAGUGUUUGAUCGAGUAGGCAUCUUGAAGGUGCCUACCUAUGUGGAAGUCUUGGACAAAGCAAUAAUGACGGAAGCCACCCUAGUAGCAAUGAAACAAGCCAAGGCACCAACCACAGAAUGGAGAAGUAAAAGACCUGAAUACAAUUUCAAGAAGGGUCGGUCAUUUUCAAAAAAACAGAACACGGGAUCUUCCAGCAGCUUUAGCCAGAGUAGUGGCUCUAUUCCAAACUAUCCUGAUUGUAGAAGAAAGCACAAGAGAGUGUGUCACCGUGCAUCUAAUGCCUAUUAUUGGUGUGGCAAAGUUGGCCAUAUGAUGAAAGAUUGUCCACUUGGGCUUGAGAAUGCCAAUCGCCUCGCAGCAAGUUCAGCUGGGUCUGCCUCGGUGGCCUGGUCAAAUGCUAGAACUAAUGUCAAGGGUAACACUAGGAAUGAAACGUUGAAGCAAGGGAGAGUAUUCGCACUAGUGCCCGGAGCUGUACAGAACACCGAGCCUGUGGUGUCAGUAUUUCGUCCACCUGGUUUACCUGAGUUUGUGUUUAGUGGGAAUGGGGUAAUUCCUCCCUCAUACUUGAUUUCUACCAUGAAAGCUGUUAAACUGCUUAGGAAGGGAUGUAAGGGUUACAUGUGUUGUGUUUUGAUUGAGAUUUCUGAUAAUUCUAAUGUAGAAACUAUUCUUGUUGCUUGUGAAUUUCCCGAUGUGUUUCCGAAUGACUUGCCUGGAGACUUAGUUAAUAGGGAAAUUGAGUUCACUAUUGAAGUAGCAUUGGGAACACAACCUAUUUCUAAGACCCCUUACAGAAUGUCAACCUCAAAACUGAAAGAAUUGAAAACCCAAAUUCAAGAACUGUUAGACAAAAAAUUCAUCCGCCCGAGCACUUCACCUUGGGGUGCUCCAGUUUUGUUUGUUAAGAAGAAAAAUGGGUCCUUAAGAUUAUGUAUAGAUUACCGGGAACUGAAUAAAGUAACUAUCAAGAAUAAAUAUCCAUUGCCCCAGAUAGAUGAUUUAUUCAACCAACUUCAGGAAGCCCAAGUAUUUUCUAAAAUUGAUCUUCGAUUGGGCUAUCAUCAGUUAAAAGUCAAGGUAGAAGAUGUUGAGAAAACUAUAUUCAGAACUAGAUACGGACACUAUGAAUUUUUGGUAAUGCCAUUCGGAGUAACUAAUGCACCUGCAGCAUUCAUGGACUUAAUUAAUAGAGUGUUCAAACAAUUCCUUGAUGAGUUUAUUGUUGUGCUCAUCGAUGAUAUAUUGAUUUAUUCUAAAAUUAUGGAGGAACAUGAAAAUCAUAUGAGAAUUGCUUUACAGACCUUAAGGGAGAAGAAAUUGUAUACAAAGUUGUCCAAAUGUGAAUUUUGGCUUGGCAGCGUGGCAUUUAUGGGUCAUGUGAUUAACAAAGAUGGCAUAACAAUGGAUCUAGAGAAAAUCGAGGCUAUUGUUGAUUGGCCAAGACCAACCAAUGUGUCCGAAGUCAGAAGUUUUCUGGGACUUGCUGGCUACUACAGAAGAUUUGUGAAAGAUUUUCUCGAAACUUGCUAUGCCAUUGACACAAUUAACAUAGAAAAAUGUACCAUUUGACUAGAACGAUCAACGGGAGUCAGUCUUUC